AUGUAUAUUAAUCCUCCUAUAGUUGAGAAUGGAUAUCAAGGUCCUAAGAAGUCAUAUAGGUGCACCUAGUGCAACAUUAACAAACGAUAUGACUAGUUCUGCCGUGAAAACAGAACUAUUUGCUUGAAAUGCCAUUAGUUAAGCAUUGACAUUGAGGUAAAGGUUGAUAAAACUCAUUAUGGUAAUCUUGAUCAAGGGAGUAUUAAAGAUUUCCUAGACUUCAAUGAUGUGAUGCCCUGUGAUAGCUUGUCAUAGAUUGAUAUGAUUAAGACUGGAUCCAAGAGAUUUAAUCAUGAAACAACUUUAGAGGAGGAACUAUAGAUGACUAGAUCAAUCAAAAGAUAGAGGAUUGAUCAACUAUCAGAGUCCAUUGCUGUUUCAACAUAGAUCAAGAAUUUAGAAGUUUAACCAACCUUAACUGUGAUUAGCAAUCCUUAAAUGACGACAACUAAGGAAGUUGAGUAUGUAGUGAUCUCUACUCAUGAUCAAGACGCUGUAACUAAGUUAAAAUCAAUAGAAUAAGGGGAUUUGUAAGAGUUUCAGUGUGCAUAAAUCCUGCAUAAGCAUGCGCACUUACUAGCCUAGGAUAUAGUUCUUAACUAUGCAGUCUAAAGUAAAUCUUAGAAACUUGUAGACACCAUUCUGCAAGUCCUGAGGAGAGGUAAGGAACUUAAUGAUUAGGAAAUCAUUGGUCUGGCCCUAGUAUCUUUACUCAGAGGAGAUGCUUGCCUACAUUCUACUGUUAGACUAUUAAAUUCAUUAGAACAAAGCAUUUCUCUAAUGAAAUGGCCUCCUGGACUAUCUGCUAUUGGAUGUAUUUAGAUUAGUAGUAGAUUCAACUAAUGA